AUGGCUGAGAAAGGAGAGCCCGCUGUUCUGAUUCGUCCAGAGCAAGCCGAUAAAGCUCAAGGCAAGAAUGUCAUUAUUGGCGAACCACGUGUGGCACCGAAUGUUGAGAAAAUUUUGGGGCACAAAGUGGUGCUUGAGAAGGAUGAUGACAAAAACAAGCUGAAGAUCAUCGCUAGAUUAACAAAGCACUUGAGCAAGCAAAGGUUGUAUGAGAUGGCGGCGGCACAUCAAAGGCUGGCCAGGCUGACUCCUCCAGUCGGCCAGGCUAACUCUACCUCUUUUGCAGCUAACUAG